UUCUUGUUGUAUAUUAUUGCAACUUCGAUAACGGACGAGUAGAAGUAAUUACUUUUUCCUUGCCGCUGUCGAUUUUUAAUCUUCUCCGCAUAGAUACACAUCAAUCGUUUUCGUGUCUUUCAAUAUUUUAAUUUCCGACCUCCACUCCAUUUCGAAGAAGAAUAAUAAAAAUAGACUUAGAGUACAUCUUCAUCUUUAAGUGACCUCAAUUCAAAAUUAAUACCAAGAUGGGCGGUAGCAGUCAGUCACGUCUUCGCGCAGAGAGUCGUCGUGGAGAACCACGACGCCGCGACGACUGCUGCGGUAUGGGAGCAGGUGAGGAGGAUUUUGCGACAGCAAGAAUAACGGAUGUAAAUGAGGAAAAUCAGGCUCGUCAUGCGCGCGCAGAUGAGUAUCAAUAUUCUUCAGGUUCACCCGGCGAGGAACAACAAGGUCCCGUCUUUUACAACACUACCCGACUUCUAGUCCAAGGAGAGCACGAUGAGGAAAUUGAGACAUUUUACGAUCUGCUUGACGAAGGCCGUGAUGACAUCCCUCUUGUUGGCGAGAUCGCGAGUAAGGGAGACCACAAGAAGAUAAAGCCUGCAGCUGCAGAAGAAGAAGGAGGGCAAGAUAUUUUUGAUUCUGAAGAGCAGAGAGUGACAGUGAGGAAGGACGACGACGGCCGCGAC